GAGCGAGGCUGUGAGGAGAGCUGGUCGGCUGAGGUGCUGCGGCUCGGCUUCAGGUGUGAGAGGCAGCGGCGGCCUGGCUGAGAGUGAAGGGGCGAGUGCGAGCCCCUGACCUGUGAGCGCGGUCACCAUGGACCGCCAGGAUGAGGGGCCUCCGGCCAAGGCCCGCCGCCUGAGUAGCUCAGAGCCCUCUCAGCACGACCAGCUGCCACCGCCGCCUCCGCCGCCGCUCCUGCGACUGCCCCUACCUCCACCCGAGCAGCGCCCGAGGCUCCGGGAGGAAACCGAGGCGGCACAGGUGCUGGCUGACAUGAGGGGGGUGGGACUGGGCCCCGCUCUGCCCCCGCCGCCGCCCUAUGUCAUUCUGGAGGAGGGGGGGAUCCGUGCGUACUUCACCCUGGGUGCUGGGAGUCCCGGCUGGGAGCCUGCGAUGGAGUCAGGGUAUGGGGGGGCGCCCCCGCCCACGGAGAGCCUAGAAACCUUCUCUCCUUCGGAGGCUUCUGGGGGAAGUCUGGAAAUUGACUUUCAGGUAAUAGAGCCCAGCAGUUUUGCCGGAGAGAAGGCCCUAGAAACCUGUAGCGCAGGGGAGUGGGAGUACCAGAGGUUAGCAGGUCCGAGGGGGAAGGAAGAGGCUAUCAUCAUAGUGGAAGAUGACGACGAGGAUGAAAAGGAGAGUGUGAGGAAGAGGAGGAGGAGGAGGAAGAGGAAGCAGAGGAAGAUGAAGAAGGAAAGCAAGGAGAGGAAUGCCGAGAAGAUAGAGUGCAUCCUGCAGGCACUGGAAAACAUUCAACUGGACCUGGAGGCGGUGAACAUCAAGGCAGGCAAGGCCUUCCUCCGUCUGAAGCGCAAGUUCAUCCAGAUGCGAAGACCCUUCCUGGAGCGCAGAGACCUCAUCAUCCAGCAUAUCCCAGGCUUCUGGGUCAAAGCAUUCCUCAACCACCCCAAAAUUUCAAUCUUGAUCAACCGACGCGAUGAAGACAUUUUCCGCUACUUGACCAAUCUGCAGGUACAAGAUCUCAGACAUAUCUCCAUGGGCUACAAGAUGAAGCUGUACUUCCAGACAAACCCCUACUUCACAAAUAUGGUGAUUGUCAAGGAGUUCCAGCGCAACCGCUCCGGCCGGCUGGUGUCUCACUCCACUCCAAUCCGCUGGCACCGGGGCCAGGAACCCCAGGCCCGUAGGCACAGGAACCAGGACACCAACCACAGCUUCUUCAGCUGGUUCUCAAACCACAGCCUCCCAGAGGCUGACAGGAUUGCUGAGAUUAUCAAAAAUGACCUGUGGGUUAAUCCUCUGCGCUACUACAUGAUGGGAGAAGGGGGCUACAGGGCAAACAGAAAGAAGCAAGAAAAGGAAGAAAGUAAAAACAGGGACAAGUGUGAGGUGGUGAUCCUGGAAGACUCUGAUGACUAUCAUGUAAUGGAAGACAUUAUCAGCGAGAUCUCAGACAGCGAUGGUACCACCGACAAUGAGACCAUUCAUGAUGUAAAGAUCUCUGACUUCAUGGAGACCACCGACUGCUUUGAGACCACUGACAAUGAGAUAACUGACAUUAGCGAGAGCCUCUGUGACAGUGAGAGCCCCGACCACAAUGAGAGCCCUGACAAUGAGACCACUGACAACAAUGAGAGCCCCGAUGACAACGAGACCACUGAUAAUAAUGAGAGCUCUGAUGACAACGAGACCACCGACAACAAUGAGAGUGCCGAUGACAACAACGAGAAUCCUGAUGACAACAAUGAGAACCCUGAUGAAAACAGUGAGAACCCUGAGGACAACACUGAUGACAACGAAGAGAACCCUGAUGACAAUGAAGAGAAUACUGAUGACGAUGAGAACCCUGAUGGUGACGAGAACCCUGAUGGUGAUGAUGAGAACCCCAAAGGUGGCAAUCAUGGCAGUAAUGGCAACAACCAGGAUAGCAGCGACAGUGACAAUGAAGGAGACAAUGAGGGCAGUGAUGAUGAAGAUAAUGACGGCAAUGAAGGCGACAACGAAGGCAGUGAUGAUGAUGGCAAUGAAGGUGACAAUGAAGGCAGCGAUGAUGAUGACAGAGACAUCGAAGAUUACAAGAAUGACAUUGAUGACCCUGACAAGGAUCAGGAUAAUAGCAACAACCAGGACGACUAUGAGGAUGAAGUAGAGAACAUCUCUGAAGAAGAAUCAUCAGUGGAGGAGGAAGAAGAGGGCAGUGAGGAAGGUGAGGAGAUGUUUGAGCCUGGCGGAAGCGAUGAGGAAGGGAUCGAAGAAGACUCAGAAGGAGGGGAAGACUCUGAAGAUUCCGACAUGGAGGAGGUGCUUCAGGUCCAAAAUGCUUGGGCCAACCCGGGGAAGAGGGGCAAAACUGGAUAA